AUGGAAAUUGUGGAGCGUUCAAAUCCUACAAUGGUUAUUACUAAAGAAGAAGCUACGAGAAAUGGUAAUCGCUAUGUGGAAGGUUAUUUCCUGAGUCCGUUAGCAUUUAUGUUUCCUGAUUUGUUACCUGGCAAUGUUGGGCAAGCUACAUGGCGUGGGAAAUUCUCAAGAGUAAAGCAUGCUUUGGUAAUUCAUCUUGCCGGUACUGGAGAUCACACUUAUUUCAGGCGUGAAUUUGGCUUCGCAAAUAACUUGAUGAAAAGUAACAUAAGCUCAAUUUUACUGCAAAACCCAUUCUACGGGUCCAGAAAACCACGGGAUCAAUUUAGGUCAAGUCUUGUUAACGUUUCUGAUCUAUUUAUUAUGGGUGGUGCGUUGGUUGCGGAAUGCAAUUUUUUAUUGAAAUGGGCAAGAGAGCAAGGCUACUGGCCUGUUGGUUUAGCUGGUGUAUCAAUGGGUGGCCAUAUGGCUUGUUUGGCUUGUACAAACUCCCCAGAACCUGUUGCACUAAUACCUUGUCUCUCAUGGACUACAGCCUCAACCGUUUUCGUCCAGGGCACAUUGUCGAAAUCGGUCUCCUGGGAUGUGCUAACAAUGGAAUUGCUGUCCAAACAAUUUCGAGAAGGAAUUCGACAGAUAUCGGAUUGCGACUGGCUCGACAAAUCUUAUGAAAUGGAGAAGAAAUUAGAUGACGAUUCACCUUUUAACGCUGCGAAAUGCGUAGGUUCUUUCAAACUACAGUUUAUGUAUGUGCUGAUGGAAGAAUUUACCAAUCUGUGCAAUUAUCCCACUCCGAAGGAUACCAGACUCGUAAAGAAUAUUAUCGCUGAAAAUGACGGCUACGUUAUCCGAACUGGAGUACCUACAAUGCAGCAAGUUUGGCCUGGAACAACUGUAGAGAUGAUCAAAGGGAUGGGCCACGUAGAAGCGUAUUUAGCUAGCCACACACUAUUCAGAAGCUGUAUCAGAGAAAUGCUACGAAAAAAUCAGGAACUUUAUAGUUAA